AACACCUCCCAGCUCAAGAUCUGCUUGGAAGUGUCUUGUUGCAGUUGAGGUGGAAUGUUGCUGUCUUCCUAGGCUCCUUGCCACACGUACAUUCCUUCCUUUCUCCCUCUUGUGACAUUUAUCAACAUGAACAAGUGUCUUCUCUUGGGUUUUACUCUUCUGCUCGUCUGCACAGUCGCUGAAGGUCUAGUAUGCAAAGUCUGCAAAUACAAGAUUGGCACCCUCUGCCUCAAGACUGAUGAUCCCUGCCAAGCAAGCCAAGGCCAGUUCUGCGAGUCAACCAAAGUUUACGCUGGUGAGAUAUUGCUCUUCAAGCGGUACGGCUGUAGCAAAUAUGCAGAGCUCUGCAACAAGACUGAGCGCAGGGAGAACGCCUUGAAGAUGGCCUACGAACGCACAUGCUGCGACACUGACUUAUGCAAUGGCUAAUAUUGUUGGCAGUCCUGGCCUCCUGUUCUUAGGAGGGCUCAGCUUGGCUUUCGGGUGGUAGCUGGCACAUUUACAAUAAAGGCUGUCAAUGAAGCUCUUAUUACACAACCCACAAAGCUUUUCUCCCAUCCUUUCGACCUUCUGUCUUCCCAGAGUACACAAGAUUCCAGUCUUCUCUUCCUUCCCAAAGGUUCCCCAUCUUAGUGGUGUUCUCUCCUACAGGAUCUACUGUGCGUUCUGCAUACAUAACCCCACAUAAUGUUUUAUUAUUAUUAUUAUUAUAGUUUAUUUCUAUCCCGCCUUUUGUCCAAAAGGCCCUAAAGGCGGCUUACAAAAAAUAAACACAAAUAUAGAAAUACAUAACAAUUAAAAAUUAUUACAAAAAUUAAAUAACGAGGUAAUAACAUUAUUAAAAAGCAACAGUUACAACUUCCAAUGAAAAUACAAUAACAAAUCACACUUUCCAAACACUCUCCUAAUAAAUUCCUAACAAUUAGACAAUGUCUACUAGUUUUUACAUCAAUAUGUUGUCAUCAAAACAUAACACCACUAAGGUGUCCUGCUGGUACUGCGUGUUCUACCAUUAAUGCACUAUAGUGUGUGCCAGCGUUCUCCAACCCAGUGUCCUCCUGGUGUUUGGGGCUACAACUCCCAUCAGCUCCAGGUCAUGUUGGGGCUGAUGGGGGCUGUGGUCCAAAACAGCUAGAGGGCACAGGUAAGGGAAAGCUGGUGUAUAGUAUAUUAAGGGCUGUUUGUACUUUCCCUCCCUGUCCUAGGAGAGACCAUAACUCAUGCAUAGUAGAGCUCAUGCAUUGGUUGCAGAUGGUCCCAUGUCCAACACUCAAGCAUCUCUACUUAAAAAAUGAUUGCAGCUCUCAGGAAUCUUAUAGGACAGCAGCAUCACAAGUCUUCAGGGAAUGAGUGACAGAACAGCUGCAGACCUGUUUCUCUUGUAACAUUUAGUUAGUUAUACCUUAACUUCUGAAAUCUACAGUAAAAGAAUCCAACACA